AAGUUUUUGGGUUGAAUCAGUGAUAUGUCAAACUCAUCCCCAAUGGAUUUUUAACCAUCUGAAUUAUCCGAAGAAUUCUUGAUGUCAUCAGGAGAUUCCCGAUCUAGUUGAUGGAGGCACUUUGUAGGUAUUCAUCAGACCAUGCUAUUUCUUCAUGUCUUCCCCCACUCGCAUGUCAUCUCCAACCCUGAAGCUAAAAGCCUUGGAGCUAUAGAGAUUCCAUGGAGAUCCCACAGCACUCCACCAAUGACAGCUUCUCUUAUAGCUGGUUGAUGAACGUCGUCAAGUCCCCCCUCGACUCCGCCCAGGAGGACGGCAGCUCCUUCAUCGAAGUGGAUCCCAAAGUGUUCUCCAGGCGUUGGAAGACCGACUCCCUCGAUUUCGACUUCCAUCUCCCUACACCUCAGUCUUCUGCGCUGGUUCAUGCAGAUCAGAUCAUCUCCGACGGCCUACUUCUGCCGCUCCACCUCGUCCACCCACCCACGGCCGCAGCCAUCUCCGAGUCUCCUGUGGACCCGGUUCUACUGAGAUCACUCUCGGUGGACUCAUCCAAAACGUUGCUCUCCCGAAGCAACCGGUUCCGGUCAUGCUACGACUGUGCAGCACCGAGACGGCCUAUGUCGUCCACUUCUUCGCCACUCUGCGGGCCACUGCAAAGCCUUCCUGCUUCUUCGAGCUCCGGCUCAUCGAAGAGCGAGUUCUCGACGAGCACCAAGCGGAAUUUACCUCUCUUUGGUGCCUCUGCAGGGUCUUCCAAGAGGUUCCUCGGGAAGUACUUACCCUUCCUGCUGCCUUUCUGUCGGAAGGUCAAGGGAUUGGUAUCGAUCAGGAAGACAAGGCGCUCCAGGUUGAGCUCGGCAGCAAGUUGCAUGGAGUCGAUCGGAUCAUCUUCGAGGCACAGUGAUGCGUUCUCGAGCUGUGAGUCGUAUCGCGGCAAGACGACGGUUGAUGCGGGCACUGAAACAGCUAUACACGACGCCGUCCUCCAUUGCAAGAAUUCUUUCAACUUGUCACGGUGAAGAAGGUUUAGUGAGUAUAGUUGUCUGUGCAACGCUUCUGUAUAUUACCAGACUCUCUAUAUGUUGGUGAAGGAUGGGAAGAGAAGAACAGCCGAGGAGGGCAUCUUGUUCCUGUGAUUUUUGUGCUUCCUGUCGUUUGUCAGAUGAUGAUCAUCUACUGAUGGAGAUGAAUGGCAUAUCUGAUGCAAGACUCAGCAACCUCUCCACCUCACUCCUGCAGGAAGACUAAUUCCAUCAGAAAAAACCCGGAGGUUCAACAGUGAUCAAAAGCACUCCUUUUACACGACUUCCAGGACACAAACCGCGGUCUGCAGAAUCUAACAUGAAGCAUAAGGCACAACAACAAGAAGCAAUGUGGAUCUCAACAAGAAGCAGGACCUAUUGUUAUUAAUAUUGUAGCUUAAAAUAGGAUCAAGUAGUAAAGGUUUGCCAAACACAGAAUUCAUGUUAAUCACUACUUGAUCAUUCGGGCAUCAGACUGAAGCGUGCAGAUGCAUUGUCUAUGGUCCCAAGAAUUUGGAAUGUUCCUCAAGCUCACAACAUCCUCACCGACCUGAGAAAAGAAAGUUAUAGACAACAGCCGUUUUCCCUUCUUCUUCUUCUUCUUCUUCGGAUGUAAAGAACAAGAUCAGCAUUACACACGUCAUCGGCUUUAUAUGCUCCAAAGAAAAGAUCAUUGGCCGUAAAGAAAUCAUACGGUAGGACAUCAAUUCUGUCAGCCCCAGGUGGCUUUACAGCUACCAAACGAGCAGGAAAGUGACGGGCAACCAAAGCUAGGUGUGCAAGUAAGCUCACAUGUCUGGGGGACAAAACUGAGAAGCUUUCAUCCAUUCUAUAUGCGAAAGCGAGCUAUGUCCUGUAGAAUAUCCGUUCGAGUUAUCGAAGUAAAGACAUGAAAGUGAUGGGGAAUAAACCCCAAAAUUUCCAUGAGUCAGAUCAGUAUCAUCUCUUGGAGCCAAUAGGAUUAGCUCUCAUUUCUUUUUCUUCUACUAAGGAAUCGUACCAUAUAUAUGAUACACCUGAGUGGUUCUUCCUUGAGUUCUAUCUCUAGAUUUCUCUUCUUCGAACAGUGUGGGGAUGGGGUCAUCACCCUGAUAUUAAUGGGGUGGAUGAACUUGCGUCUGAUACGCAGUAUGUGUUCUACUCGAGACAAUAAAGUGGUCCUUGUAAAUGUGAGGCCAGAAGCAGCAUGAUUUGAUACAAUAGACCAAAAGCUAGGAAAAGGAGGAGAAAAGAACGACUCACAGAGUGCCAUGGGUGGGUCAGAUGGCAUGAAUGAUUUGCGUGUCGUCAAGGCUCAGCGCAUUCACUGUCACGGACUCCAUCAUGCAGGGUGGGAGUCCGAGGACCAGCUGCUUGUCCUCGGAAAACUAUGGGAACAUCCCUUUGCAGCAUCUGCGUCAACCCCUCCAAAAACCAGAGGCUGGAAGAACGAGUGCAGCGGCAAGUGGGUCACAUGGGAGGUGAUGGCGGAAGGGAUGUGCUGUUUCCAUGCUCCACUCUGCUUCCUCCUGUUGCUCCGUCGUCGUUGGCUCCUCCUUAUCUUCGCCAACGCGCGUCGCACAAAUUUCCAUCAGGUAAUCUACCUUCCACUUUGAGAACGAGUGGCUUGCUGCUGUCGUGUGGACCAGAAGAGCCUCGUUACGCGCUGCCGGUCGGGAGCUGCCUCGCUGUGGUCGGACUUGGAACCAACAGUGAAGAACACACAAAUGCUCGAUGUAGAGAUGUCGGAUUUUGGACCGCGCCGCCGCCUCGAAGCCGAAAGGGUUGGUUUUCACGUAAACCUUAUCAGCCUAAAGAUACGAUGACGAUAGAUUGAAGUUAGAGAGGUUUAUCCAUCCUGCGAUGAGACCUUUAAAACCCAAACAGCUGAAUCAUUAUUCAUAUACUUGAUAUAUAUUUUUUAAUACAUGUUUGUAGAUUUUGAUCUGAUGAUGACAUGAUAAAUGAGUUUAUUGAGCA